AUGGCCAUUAAUUUAACCAAAUUCUCUAAAUUAUGGGGUAGUUUUUGUAAUUGUAGCAAUAUUAGAACGUUAUCAACAACAAGUAGAAAUAAUUCAAAAGUGGCUUUUAACUGGGAAGACCCCUUGAAUUUAGAUCGACAAUUACAUGACGAUGAAAAGGCUGUUCGGGACUCGGUGAAAGCUUAUUGUCAAGAGAAACUAAUGCCGAGAGUGGUUCAGGCAAAUAGAAACGAAGUGUUCGAUCGUGCGAUUUACAAAGAAAUGGGUGAAUUAGGAAUUCUUGGGUGCACCAUUAAAGGGUAUGACUGUGCAGGAGUGUCAUCUGUCACUUAUGGCCUUAUUACCAGAGAAUUGGAUGGUGUGGAUUCAGGAUAUAGAUCGGCUAUGAGUGUGCAAAGCAGUUUGGCAAUGGGUGCUAUAUAUAUGUAUGGUUCAGAGGAACAAAAACUAAAAUACUUACCGCGAAUGGCUAAAGGCGAACUAGUUGGUUGCUUUGGAUUAACAGAACCCAACCAUGGAAGUGACGCUGGUGCACUAGUUACGAAAGCAAAAUACGAUUCGAAUUCAAAAUCUUAUAUCUUGAAUGGAUCUAAGACGUGGAUAACGAACUCCCCUAUAGCAGAUAUACUCGUAAUUUGGGCUAAGAGCGAAGAAGAUAAAAAUAAAGUAAGAGGUUUUAUAGUCGAACGGUCUCAAGUUAAAAAGGGGCUGGACACGCCCAGAAUUAAGGGUAAAUUUUCCUUACGAGCUUCAGAAACGGGCAUGAUAUUGCUAGACGGCGUAACUAUACCAGAGGAGAAUUUAUUACCCAAUGUAGUAGGUAUGAAGGGACCUUUCGGAUGUCUCAAUAACGCGCGGUACGGGAUUGCUUGGGGCGCUCUUGGUGCGGCUGAAACAUGUUUGCGAAUCGCGCGAGAGUACACAUUAGAUCGGAAACAAUUUGGAAGGCCGCUCGCUUCGAACCAGCUGAUACAAAAGAAAUUGGCUGACAUGAUUACUGAAAUAAGUCUCGGUCUCCAGUCUUGCUUACACAUAGGACGUCUAAAGGAUGAAGGCUUAUUAGUUCACGAAAUGGUAUCACUUCUUAAAAGAAAUAACUGUGGUAAGGCUUUGGAAAUUGCAAGAGUUGCUAGGGACAUGCUCGGUGGAAAUGGAGUUUCAGAUGAAUAUCAUAUUAUAAGACAUGUGAUGAACCUGGAAGCCGUUAAUACAUAUGAAGGUACACAUGAUAUUCAUGCUUUGAUUUUAGGUAGAGCUAUCACUGGAAUACAAGCAUUUUAC